AUGGCUUUAAGAAAACUCUUAUCCUCAACAUUUAAAGCAUCUUUGAGCUCAUAGCAAGCUUUAAGGUAUAAAGAUAUAGAUCGUCUCAUUUAAAACAACAUUAAUUGGUCAGAAAAAAUCAAAGUCGAAGAUCCUGAGUAUUUUACUCAAUUAGCAAAAGCUUAACACCCAAAAUAUUUAUGGAUAGGUUGCUCUGAUUCCAGAGUCCCAGCUGAGAGAUUAACCGGAACAUAUCCAGGCGAGUUAUUUGUCCAUAGAAAUGUUGCUAAUCAAGUUGUGCAUACAGAUUUGAAUUGUCUUUCAGUCGUUCAAUUUGCAGUAGAUGUACUAAAAGUUAAGCACAUUAUUAUUUGUGGACAUUAUGGCUGUGGUGGUGUCAAUGCAGCAAUCAUAAAUCCAAAAUUAGGUUUAAUCAACAAUUGGAUAUUGCAUAUUAGAGAUCUUUACUUCAAACACAAAAAUUAUUUGAAAUCGUUUAAUGAGAAUUAGAUUACUGAUAAGUUAUGCGAAAUUAAUGUUGUAGAAUAAGUAUUUAACUUAGGUAAUUCUACAAUCAUUUAAAAUGCUUGGGAUAACGGCUAAUCCCUGUACAUCCAUGGAUGGAUUUAUGGUAUAGAUAAUGGAAGAGUGAAUGAUUUAAAUCUAUCUGCUGGCAAUUUAACAGAUUUAGAAGAAAAGUACCAUAAUUACUUUUAACAAAUUUAUAAAUCAUAUUAACCCAAAAAAAUAUAAGAAUCAAGCUAAUAUUACUGA